UCUCCGCGGGGCCCAUCCACCCACCAUUGCAAAAACUACGUCGCGGAAAACAUCGUCGCGACAUUGAAUCGUCCAAUUACUUGCGCAAUUAGAAGAUUACAGUUCUACUUUUGACCUGCCCGGGAAAAGAAGUAGAGAUGCUAGCCAUCUCUACCCUCCUUAUUAACUAAGUAUCCUAGCUAACCUGAAUAUCUUAGAUAUAGAUACAAGAUAUUUAAGUAAUAAUCGUAUUCGGGUUACGUUUAAUGUGCUCCGUGAUGACCCUUUCCUAGCAAACGGAAAGAGUCGACGGUAACGAAAUCGGCGCGAUACUAAACAAAACUCCACUAUAGGGAGUUGAGCGAAUCCAGUGCCAUUUCCCCCACGCCCGGACCACCGCCGCAGGAUGAAGGAAACAUGGAACUGUAAAUAAUAUAAAAACGACGAGUUUCUAAGUUAUUUACGUGCGAAUUUUGCCGACAAAACAAACCGAAAGAAUGUUCCGCCGCUCUCGCGGAGGAUGCAUACCUUUCGAUUCCGUUUAUCGGCAAUCGCAUAGAGCCCUAAUGGGAUACCGACUAUACGCGUACGAUCUCCUUCGACAGCCCAAUUCGUAGAGAAUCGUAUUACUGAUCGGCCAUUAAGGAAACACAGAACAAAGGAUGUCUGUUGAAUCGUCGCGCACUUCGGGUCGUGUAAUAGAAAUGCACGCUAUGGACCAACAUCGAACUCGGGCUCGAACUUCCAAGCGCAGCACAAAUUGCACACUACUUUAGCUACGUAUCGCCUCAGAAACAACCGGAAUCAUCUCGCUCCCAUGACCGGGUCAAAUAAGCUAAGAAAAUGGCGGCCAUCUCGAUUCGGCGUCACGGCUACGAUAGUAUACAAUUUUCACAUUACAGACGUUACCAAGCGGGAAGAAAAUGAAAGGGGACGUGAGCCGCUCGAGGAGUACUAUGGAUCUGAAUUGCCCUCGCGAUUCACACGGCAGACACGGAAGACACGGGCGAGCCUAAAAUAUCACUAACCCACUAAACAAACCGUCGUACGAUGUGAGCCCAGCUUGAACUUUACACAAUCAAACACAAUGAACAAGAGAAUUAAAUUGAAAAAUUUAAGAAAUUAUGAAUUAUAAAAGAAAAAAAAAAUAGGCACGACUUUACUCUACAGAUGUUCAAACUGGACUGAAGUCGCAACGCCACAUGGGCGGCAACGAGCAGUCGUUUGGCGACGGUGCUGCCAACGGAACUGCUUGGUUACAUAAAAGUUCUUAAAAUUUGGAUAAAUCGAAAGAGAAGAAAAAUAUUAUUCCCUUCAAUUUAUUGAUCGAGGUUGUGAAGUUGACUCUGGCGGUAGAAACUUUCGGCGAGAAGAAUGAACGACCGUUACAAAAAGUAUGGCCGUUACAAAAAGAAAGAAUGGCGGUUACAAAGCAUGGCCGUUAUAAAAUAUAUUUUACAUUCCCAUUUUAUGAUCCGAUAUGAUUAAUAUUUUAAGGAAAAUGUAACUUCCGACGAAGCUAAAAGAACAAUGGCCAGGAAUAGAAUUCUAUAGUGUCUGAAGAUUUUAAAUAGACUGCAUAUUCAGCACUGUACAGAAUCUUUGAAUAAUGAUUCUGAACACAUUGAUGAUGAUCAAACAAGCAAAUUUGAUGUUACUGGAUCACCUUUGAAAUAUUCAUUUGAUGAUAUUGAUUUUGAGGAUAGUAUUAUGGUGAUGAAACAAAAUUGGUCCAAAACAGAAGAAAAAUAUCUACCAUUAAGCAGAAUGGAAGCAUGUGAUGCAUUAAAUGCGUGUAUUGAAUUAAUAACGGAUGCUUUUCCACCAAUAUUUGCACUUUGCAAUGGCGAGGAUAAGAAAAAAUGUAGAUUAUUAGGUACAAUUAUUCAAGGACAAUGGUUUACUACAAUUGAAGUUUGUUCAGCUGAUACUGAAUCUUUUGAUGUUAUCAAAAAUUCUUCUUCAAGUAUUCUUCAACAGCAUUUAAAACUUUCACAUGUACAAGAAUAUAAUGUCACUGUAUCUGCAUUUAAUACUUUCAAUUUAUUUGGAACAAAAGAAGAAAUUAUUAAUUGGGAUGAAAAUGUAAAAUGCAAUUUUAAAGGAAGUUUAAGCAUAGAAGUAGAUACUUGUAAUUUAUCAUUAUAUCCAUCCUCAAGAGCAUCAAAGAAUAAUUUGGUAGUUCAAGUUGUUACAGGAUCAAAAAUUAGUCCUUUGAAGGAAUUGUGGGCCCAAUUAUUGUUGUUAAAUCAAUACUUGAACAUAAUAGAAGAAUAUAAUAAAAACGUAACUUCUAAUAUUUCAACUCCCUUAGAAUUUCCACGUGAUUUCACAAGUCCAUAUAAAGAGGAACAUGGUACAAUAUUAAGAAAUUUAGACCUUUUAUUGAAUGAGGACUACAGUUAUAAAAAUGUUGAUAUUAACGAUCCACAUGAAAUUAAUUUUGUAAAUGAAUGUUUAGAUAAUAAUUUGAAAAUUGAACAAUAUAUAGAACAACUUCCAGGCAGAUAUAACUUAGAUUUUACAGAUCUUUUAUGGGAAUUGCUCAUCAAGAAUACAAACUAUGUUAAAAUGACAGAGUGUAUUCGUAUAAUACUCGAAGAAAUUAUAAUAAAUGAGAGUUCCUCACAGGUAAAUUUGUCAAAUUCAACAAGAUUCGCCAAAAUUAUUUCCCAUCCAAAUGAGCACAGAAUAGUUUCACGUUUACUGUCUGGUAGUUUACCAUUGGAAUAUGUGGUAGAUAUGGGUUUUACAAAAUUAUUCAGAGACUAUAUGUAUAUUUUAAUAAAUGCAGAACUUGUUGACCUACAUGAUAUAGAUCACAAAUUGGGAAAUGUGUCGUGUGGUGAAUUUAUAGUUGAUUCCUAUAGGAAAAGAUUAAUGUAUAUGGUACAAAUUCAUGUAUGUUUGGAGUUUAUGUUACUUAUACAAAAUAAUUUAGAAUAUUCAACUAAUGAUCUAAAGCCUUUAUUUUUAUGUGCUUUCAAACAAUACGUUUGCGAAGAAUCGCCUAUACAAAAUUAUCAUGAUCUGCAUCAAAACAUAAUCUACAGUCUAAAUGUUCCCCUUCCCGUUUCAACAAUCGAUAAUUUGAAUAAGGAGAUUCCUACUACACGAAGAAUUUCACUUUCUUCACAAUCCAAGUUAUCAAAAUUGACAACUAUUAAAUACUAUAGUCGAUUACCUUUAUUUCCAACAAUAAUUAAUCCUCGAGACAAUUCGAACGAAGAAUAUUAUGUUACGAAUGCUAUUUGCUCGUCUACUAAAUUUAAAUAAAACAUUGGUUUUAAGAAAAUUUUAAUGCAAAAAUUUGUAUACUAUAUACAAUUUUUAUGUGAAAAUAUUAAUUAAAA